UCUCCCUGAGAACACACCCGCCGCCGCCUCUCUUUCCCCUUCUCCCCGAUCCAGAUCGACGACGACGUCUCUCUCACCCACCGGCAAACCUCGCUCCCGGGCUCCGCUGGCGCUCUCACCCACCCAUCGGCGCUCUCAAAAUCCACUCCGCACUUCUCCCCGAUCCAGAUCUAAUCCAAGCGUCCCGUCCUCCGCCGCCGCCCCGUCCUCCGUUGCCAGAGUUCCCUCCCCCGCCGCAGCCACGACGUCACGGCCAUGCGCCACCCGCCUCCGGAUCCCUCUGCCCACUCGUGCCCCUGCUCCCUCUCCGCCUACGGGGCCGCGCCCCUUGCGCUGCUCCCCGACGACGUGGGCGGGUGCGCGGGCCUCUACCCGCGGGGCUUGGCCAAGUGGCGGGCGAGCGAUGGUGUCGCGAGGGGGCCGGAGGAGGCCAGGGCGGUGGUCCUCGUCGACGUGUACCUCCCCGACCUCAACGUGAACAAGGCCGACGACGUGCUGCUGCAUUGCCGGAUCCUCGCAGAGUGCGCGGUGGACCCCGACGAGAUCCACCCGCCCUCUCCCUCUCCCCUGCGUCAGCCCCGUCGUCCGUCCCCGAGAUGGAGAGGGUGCUCAAGGAUGACGCCAUCUAGGAGAAGGGCGAGCGCGCUAGGAUGGCAUCUUUUGUAUGUUGAAUAGCAAUACGGCAAUUGUGCACAUCUUGUCUGGUUGUCUGAAGGAAUGGGGCAGUGUUGCGUGCACGCGCAGGAGAAUAAGCCACGGGUGAGGAAGACUAAGGAGGAGCGGAGGGAGAUGGUCGAGUCCUUCGUCGACACUUACUGCCCCCAUAUCUUUCCCCUCUCGCCUUAGUUAUAGUUUUGAAUUUUGUGUGUGUAGGCACAUACAGUCUAACUAACAUGCUCAUUCUUCUGAUUGUUGGUGGUUUGUUUUGCAACCAUUUGCAGAAAGUUUGCAUUGCAAGCCUACUUCUCUAGCGCAAUGUUUCUUAAAAUCAUGAUGGAACCUAUAUGUUCUAUGAUUUUGAUGUUUUUUGCGGCGUGAUCUAGACUACGAUUUUAUCCACUGAUCUUAUUUUUGCAAUUUGGUCUAUAUGAUUGGAAUGCGAUGUUGAGAAAGUGUGUCUUCCUCUUGAGCAUCGUUUUGAGCAAAUGUUUUAUAUAGAAGUUGCUGCUGCGGGUUCAAUUUGUUCCGAUUUGGCUGGGUAU